AUGACCUCUAAAGCCUUUAAGCUGAAGGGCCUCUCUGAGGAAGUUCGCAACGACUUCAUCAGAGAUGCUGAGAUCAGACUUCAGGAGCGCCUAGCCAGAGAAGCUGAGGAGCGAGCACACAAAGAAGCAGAAGAGAAAGCCAAGCAAGAAGAAUUGCAAAGGAUCAAGGAAGCUGAAGCCAAAGCUCUAGCUGAUGCCGCUGCUGCCGCUGAAGCUGAAGUACAAGCCAAAGCUGCCGUUGAAGCUGAAGCACGCCUCACUGAAGAGUCUGCCACCAGGGUAGAACAGGAUGCUCUGACUCAGGGGGAGUCCUCCACUUUUGUCCCUCUGGAUCGCGCCCUCUCCGCCCAAAACCAACCUGAACCAGAAACUAAUAUCCCUUCACCAUCUGAACAACCACCAACACUUCCAUCUGAACCACACAUAGAAACUCCCACUGAAAACCCCAUUACUCAUCAAUCUGAACCUCUAACUGAAAACAUCCCAACACCACCAGCACUUACAUCUCCCACCUCUGAACCUGAACCCACCUUUCCCACCCUGGAAGAGGUAGUAGCCUUAUUUGUUGAGUCUUCAAUAGAGAAGAUCAGAUCGCUAUCUGAAAACUCUAGAAUCAAUGAUGAUCCCUCUGUAGUGAGGAUUCACUAG